UGGGUGCAAAUUUUCAGAUUUCGAUGCUCUUUCCUCUUGGAGUUAUAGCGGUCACACAGACCCAUAAACACACCCUUUUAUUAUUAUAGAUGAACCUGGUGAGAGGUAAUCAAAAGGCAUUCAGCUUUCUUAUAUUCAUAUAAUUUAAGGUAUUUUUGUAACGUGAGUCUCAAAUCAGAUGUUGACUGAUAUAACUGAGAAACCUGCGGACAAAAAUGAAAAAUAUAAGGGGCAACAGGCUUUUUUCUUUCUGUUCUCAACUUUAUUUUUGUUUCAAUGAAGUGAAGAAAAUCAUAUUAGCUAAUCAAAUAUAAAAUUAUUUCUGAUUAUUGCUGUUCAUAUAAGCACUUAGUUUUACAUAUAUAAUAUACAAGGCAUAUUAAUUGAGAAAGUUUCUUCUAUUCGCAAAUUUUAAAUUAUUAGUGAUGAGAAAAUGAGAGCACACCAAAGUUGAUGAACCUGUUGGUUGUAGAAUCGUAAAGGACAUUAUUGGAAUAGCAGCAUGGUCUAGUGUUGCGUAACAGUAUCGUGAUAAAUGAAAACGGCGGUUGUGUAAACGGAUUGGAAGUUAUGCUUUAUAGUGCCCUUAUUUUUCAUGUAAGAAAUAAUAAAAUGGUGCUGGUAGUUAGAAUUAAGAUACUAAAGUGAGGAAGUAAAGGAUUCACAUUUAAUUGAAGAACUUGUGAUGUGCACAAGCAAGAUUAAUGUGAGAUUGAAGAAAGAAAAGCUGCAGUAGCACUGUUAGCUCUUGGAGAAACCGUGGAAGAACUUGGAAAGUGGCUGAAAACUUUAUUAUUACCACAGCAUAAUACUUUUAUUUCAAGGGAAAAUUUAAGUUGUCACAUCUGUUAAGAAAAAAUAAGUCAAAUAAGAAUUAAUGGUAGGCUUGAGUCCAACACCUGACUUUGAUUUUUCAGUAUUUAGUUUGAUCAAGCACAGCACAACCCAACUUGGCUCCAAGAGAGUGUGAGGGAGAAUUGAGAGUGAGUGAGCUAACAUACUAUGUGUUGCUGCCUAUACUGCAUCUAAGUGGGUGAACUGCCUGCAUCAUGUUGAGUUGGUGACAACAAAAAAUGCAGAGAAGUAAUGUUCAUCAAAAGUGCAACUCAGUGUGCCCUUCAAAUUGGACAAAAGCUCUUUGGUCGAUAUCUGUUGGUAACCAAUGCUACAAUUUCUGCGUGCAUGGGUGCAACAGGGGACACUAUUCAACAACAUUAUGACAUUCUGACAGAUCAGAAAGAAAGCUGGCACUUGUGGAGAACACAACAUAUGACAGUGGCAGGGCUUACCACUGGCAUCAUUACUCAUUACUGGUAUAUUUUUUUAGACAGAGCUUUGCCUGGGUCUUGUUUGAGAACUGUUGUCAAGAAGGUUUUAUAUGACCAGGUUUUCUUUUCUCCUGUAAAUCUCGCUGUCUACUUUGGAACAUUAGGAGUUUUAGAAGGAUCUCAAUCUGAAGCUGUGAAAGAAGAACUCUUCCACAAAGGUGCUCAGAUUUAUUUAGUAGAAUGGAUUGUGUGGCCACCAGCACAAAUGUUGAAUUUUUAUCUACUUCCAACAAGAUUCCGGGUUGCUUUUGAUAACAUAGUUUCAUUAGGUUUUGACAUAUACUCUCCUUAUGUGAAGUACAAAGAAAGGAUAAAAACUGAAAAAUAAAGUGCAAAUGUUAGAUAAAUAUAGUUCCAACUGCAUGUGUAAUAUGUAGCAUUUUUCAGUCUUUUUGUUUUGUUUUCUAUGUAAGCAUAGUUUUGUUUUUGUUCUUAAUAAAUGCAGAUAAUGCCAUUUUGAACAGUACUUUAGUUACAUUAAAGAGAAAUUAUUGCUGGUUGCCUGGCAAUGUGAAGUGCUAGAUCCUUAGAAAUUGAAUCAUAAAGGAAGUAUAGUUGUUAUAGUAUUUUCCUAGGUACUAAGAUUAAUAUCAUUAACUUAAUAAAGUUGUUUUUAAAAGCAUUAUAUAAUUUUAGGACAUUUAUGUUAACAUCUUACAGUCAUUACAGGUCUACAUAGUUUCACUGUACUGUUUUAAACAGUAAUGUGUUAAUAAAAGGGGUAUUUACUUUUUUUAGAUCAGUUCUUUUUCUUUCUGUGUAAAGGCAAGGUUAGAAAUGUAACCAUAACUACAUCGUGUGUGUGAUAUAUGUAUUGCAGUAUAAACAUGUAAAUAUGUUUUUCCUUUCUCAUUUGCUGUGAUCAUUAAAUCUAAAAUAUGGGUUUGAUGAUAUCACAGUCAUGGUAACAAAAUCCUCAUGUUUACAAAAAAAAAAGAAGAUCUUAAGCCACGUUGCAUCAUUUAAAUCUAAUUUA